AUGUCCUUCAGAAUCAUCCCAGCCAACAUUAUCAAUCUGGUACAGGCCAUAGAUGCCGGCCUUCCCCUCGAUGUACAGAAGCAAGACCGAUCCGCUGACGCACCGCCCACGCCAUUCACUGGACAGCACAAUGAUGAUGGCCACUACGACCCCUCUCCCAUAGACGUUGCCGUCGUGCGCAUCAUGCUUGCCAAGGCCACCAAGCUACCCAUUGACGUUGUCGACGGCAUUUUCGAGCUUGCAGAGUACUGGGUGCGCACCACGACGGCCGCCGAUAUUACGGGGAACGAGAUGUCGAUUAGCUCCCACUUCAUCCAGGACAAGUUUCUUCUUCGAUCACUGCCCGUCGGGUUCACGAGCGAGCAUGGCGGCGACCUAGGUCUCAAGGGCGAGGCUGCCCCCGCGAAGCCUUUACGUAACGAACCCUCCGCCAAGACGCUGGCGCGAAUGGCAGACUACCCGCUGCCCAAACUGCAAAGCCCUGUGCGCAAGGUUGUCUUCAAGUUGACCUCGCAUGAUCAGGGCUGGUCGGGUGAGAGUGGAGGAUUAUAUGAAAACUCUUGGACUUGGUUUGAAGCUGGUCUAGAGCGGUUGGAAGACUCUGCUAUUGGUGCACCUCUCGACCCUCCCCCAACUCCUAUGUAUCGAGAAGCUCUUCGACCAGUAUAUCCGACCUUGGAAGAAGUCGUCCCAGAGAAGGAGGAGGAAGAUGGCACAGAGCUCGAGCAAAAUGAGGGGCAAAAAGAACAAGGACACAAUGAAGAAAGUAAUCCCCAAGAGCCCCAAUUUGACUACAAGUUCCCGCUGGCCCACAGCCCGGUAUGGACCAUUUGCAGAAACAAGCGCGCCCACAGAGACUGGCAAGACCACGUCAUUACGUGGACGUGCUACGAUGACGUCAAGUCGGACUCUGACGCUGGCCAGGCGCUGGAGGAGAAUGGGCGCGGACGGGAAACCGGUGAUGGCGAGUUUGUGCGCAGUCUGAAAGUUGGUGAUGUGGUGACGAUUUGGGCAAAGGCAAGGUUCCCAGGUUGGACGAACAACCUGCGAGCUGCCAGCAUUGACGUAUACUGGGCGGCUACUUGA